AUGGGCGAUGCAGAUAGCCAGUUUGAGAUGGAGACUUCAAUACCUCAGGAGGGAGGUCGAGCUGCCAAGGCUUCCAAGGUGACUAGGAUUGGAUCCUAUGAUGGCGAUCAUGACGACAAGGCCUUGGACAACUUCUUUUGGGAUGUUGAAGAGUACUUGUCAUGCGUGCCUAAGUUAUCUGAUGAGGCCCAGGUUAAGGAGAUUGUGACUCACUUAACUGGGAGUGCGAAACUUUGGUGGCGGACUCAUCAGGCGGACGAACGUGCAGGCAAAACUCACACCAGCACAAUCCACAAAUAUGUGAAGGCGUUCCAGGUGCUGGACCUGGAAUGCUCAAAAUUGAAUGACUUCGAGAAGCUAUUCCUUUUCACCAAGGGCUUCCAACCUUGGGCGAAGGACGAGCUAAGGUGGCAGAAAGUGCAGACUCUUGCAAAGGCCAUCACUAUUGCGGAUGAGUUGCUGGAUUACAAAGGCGAUGUGGCUAAGGGUUUUGUAGGAGCCCAAACGGAGAACUACAAGAAGCAGUUUCGUCGAAAGGAUAAGAAGACGGAUGCUCCUGCGAGUCAAGAUGGUGACAAGAAAAGCAAGAAGCCAAAGAAGUUCCAUGAAGGAAACAACUCAAAAAAGAGGGAUCAAGGCCCUGAGAAAAAGAAGGAGCGCGAGCCAGGUUGUUUCGUCUGUGGUAGAGAAGAUCAUUGGGCACGCAAUUGUCCAGAGCGGGCCAGGAUUAGUGCAUUGUUGACUAAAGAGAAGAAGAUGCCUGGAAUGAGCACUUUGCAGCUCCUCAAUUCCUUGCACAACUCCAUAGACCAACAUAUUGCCGACAAGCACAAGUUGUGCUAUGUUCAAGCGCACUUUGGACCAAAGAGGGUCUUGGCGAUGAUAGAUUCAGGAGCAACUCACAAUUAUAUCUUGGCGGGGCAGAUCAGGAUUGCACCAGGCGAUGAGGAGAAGACCGCCAUCACAACUCGAUAUGGGAUUUAUGAGUUCUUGGUCAUGCCUUUCGGUCUGACAAACACCCCUGCAACUUUUAGCACUUUGAUGAACGAUGUGUUCAGGCCAUUGUUGGAUAAGUGCGUGGUGGUAUAUCUAGACGAUAUACUUGUCUACAGCCAGAGUUUGGAAGAACAUAAGGAGCACCUCAAGGAAGUGUUCUCUUUACUCAAGGUGAACGACUUGUAUGUGAAGAAGGAGAAGUGUGCGUUUGCACAAGAAGAAGUGUCAUUUCUUGGCCACAUUGUGGGACAUGGUCAGAUUCGUCCAGAUUCAGAAAAGCUACAGGCAAUACGAGACUGGGAGCCACUUCAGAAUGUUCAUGAGGUAAGAAAAUUCCUUGGUUUAGCUAACUACUAUCAGAAAUUUGUGGAAGGCUACUCUAGGAUCUCUAGUCCUCUCACUGACUUGCUGAAGAAGGAUAGAAGUUGGAAGUGGGUAGAGAAACAACAGAAUGCAUUUGCUGCAUUGAAGGCGAAGCUGAUAGAGGAUCCAGUCUUGGCCUUGCCUAUUUUUGGCAAACCUUUUGAAGAAUCAGAUGAGGCGGGUUGUAGAUAG